AUGAACACAGAGCCCGAGAGAAAGUUUGGCGUGGUGGUGGUUGGCGUCGGCAGAGCUGGGUUGUUGCGGAUGAGGGACUUGCGGGACCCACGGGCUUCCUCGGCGUUCCUGAACUUGAUUGGCUUUGUGUCCAGACGAGAGCUUGGCAGCAUUGAUGGAGUCCAGCAGAUUUCUCUGGAAGAUGCUCUUUCCAGCCAACAGGUUGAGGUGGCCUACAUCUGCAGCGAAAGUGCCAGCCACGAGGGCUACAUAAGGCAGUUCCUAAAUGCUGGGAAGCAUGUCCUCGUGGAAUACCCCAUGACACUGUCUCAGGCAGCGGCUCAGGAACUCUGGGAACUGGCUGACCAGAAAGGAAAAAUCCUACACGAGGAACAUAUUGAACUCUUAAUGGAGGAGUUUGCAUUUCUGAAGAAGGAAGUGGUGGGCAAGGAUCUGCUGAAAGGAUCGCUUCUCUUCACAGCUGGCCCUUUGGAAGAAGAACGGUUCGGUUUCCCAGCAUUCAGUGGCAUCUCUCGUCUGACCUGGUUGGUGGCUCUCUUUGGGGAACUUUCUCUUGUGUCUGCCACUUUGGAGGAGCGAAAGGAAGACCAGUACAUGAAGAUGACCGUGUGCUUGGAGACUGAGAACAAAUGCUCACUGAUGUGGACUGAAGAGAAAGGUCCUGGCCUAAAACGGAACAGACAUUUGAGCUUCCAUUUCAAAUCUGGAUCCCUAGAGAACGUGCCCAAUGUCGGAGUCAAUAAGGACAUUUUUCUGAAAGAUCAAAAUCUAUUUGUCCAAAAACUCUUGGGCCAGUUCUCUGAGGAACAACUGACCGUGGAGAAGAAACGUAUCCUGCACUGCCUAGGCCUUGCUGAGGAGAUCCGGAAGCGCUGCCGCCCAGAGAAGUAA